CGGAGUUAUUGCCCGGAGACACGAACGAAUUUAACGAACGGACGGGCGGACGAACAAAAUGACGGACGGCUUUUUAUAACCCCAAGAACUUCGUUCCAGCUCCUAUAAAGGCGACUAGGUGAUCACUAAAAGAGGUUUUGAUUAACAGUAACGUGUUUGAAUGAGAACUCAGCAGUCGUAUAAACUAAUCGUCAAAGCCCUUGGCCGGAUAUAAAAGAAAGCUACGUACGAGUAUUCCCGAAAUUAAGUUGCUCUUGGCAACACCUAUCAGGAACGUUCGUGUAGGCCAAUAUUUGGAGAAAUCGUAACUGUUUAAGGCCUUUUCUAUUUGUGAUUUGUGAUAAACCAGAGCUACUUGUCUUACAAGGCACAGGUGGUAAAAGAACUCGAGGAGAUAGACGAAGAAGUUUAUAAAAGGAAAGGAACUUGUACUACGACUACUCUUACAACACCUCACGUCUAUAUCACUGAAUCACAAAUAUACUUAACGGAAUACGGCAAAUACUAUGGCUAGAUUUGUUGUUCUGGCGUGUGUUCUGCUUGCUGUGACUAUUGAAGCACUGAGUACGGAUCAACAGAACGGCAAAGUAAUGGUUAAUUAUAAAUGGCUAAAAGAUCUAAGAAAACGCAAUUUUGACUCUAUUGACGGCAGUUCUUCAUUUGCUAAGAAGUCAUUCGACUCCAUUAAUGGAGAUGCAGGAUUUGUAAAGAAAUCAUUUGACUCUAUAAAUGGAGACGCAGGGUUCGCAAAGAAAUCAUUUGACUCUAUAAAUGGAGACGCAGGGUUCGCAAAGAAAUCAUUCGACUCUAU